CAGCAACUUCGCCAGCUAGGCGAGCGUCCGAGUCGCGCGAGUCUCCGCGAGCGAUUUUCCGCUUCAGCGCGUCGCAACGCGGUCGAGAAGUACUACGAUUGUCUCCAAUGCGCUGAACAAUGUCGUCACGUCACCACUCUUACCAACAGCGCUACCAACAACAACUCUAGUCUCGCCAGUAACAACAACAGCUUCAAACAGGCUAGAAACGCGAAGAGCAACUAUCGAGUGAUGAAUUCUAUCAAUUCCUCGUCACUGAAGGAAAACGCAAAGAUUCUGACACGUUUGGACGAGACCAGAGUCCUGAGAAAUCCAAAAACAGCCAAUCUAACCAGGACCAUAAAGAGUCAGCCGUUGCCUCUGACUCCAGCGAAGAAAAGAUCCUCUUUAGCCAGGCCAGUUCGCGUUCACGACUCGUCCUCACAAUCUAGAAAACUGGUGCCUGUGAAUCAGGCGUUUCAGAACCUGCAGAGGACCAACGAGCCCACAUAUUACGAAGAGGAUGAGCAUGAGGGGACUGGCUGGGCAAUCAGGCUCAGGCUUGAGCAGAUGCUUGAGCUAAACUUGCCUAUUAAGCUGACGAAGCAGCAGCAGGCCAGCAAGCACACGUGUAACGACACGGAGAGGCUGCUGCGCGUGCUCAGCGUGAACAAUGUGGACCAAAACACUAGGUACAACGUCACACGAUGUUUCGUCAUGUAGAGACUCGCGUGGAUUAGUACGGAGAGGGGAGGUUGAAGGGACUGAUGCUCGUUGGAGGUGGGCUGAGCAACUUCUUUUUUAAA